UUUUUGUUUCAUAAGCUUUUUCCACUGUGUCGUCUUGUUACAGUCGCUGAAGUGUUUUCUGUGUAUGAAUGUUUCGUCAGUGGAAGCGAAUAAAUUGUAAAAAAUAGUGUGUUCCGAUGUCUAUCGGGAUAAAUUUACGUGUCACGGGGCACACCUCGAUCGGUGGCCGGAAGUAUCAGGAGGAUUUUUUCUCGGUGGCCUACCAGCAGACGGAGAACGACCAAAGUUUGGAGUACGCCUUUUUCGGGAUCUACGAUGGCCAUGGCGGAGCAGAAGCGUCGCUUUACGCAAGGGAGCAUUUGAUGAAUACCAUCGUCAGCCAGAAGCUAUUCUGGUCCGAGAGCGACGAAGACGUGCUGAAAGCCAUCCGGGACGGAUACAUCCAGACCCAUUAUUCGAUGUGGCGCGAGCAAGAUAAAUGGCCAAAAACCUCAUCCGGAUUACCCAGCACCGCCGGGACCACCGCCAGCAUAGCAUUUAUCCGACGGGGGAAAAUCUACAUUGGACACGUUGGUGACUCUGGCAUUGUGUUAGGCUAUCAAAUGGACAAGGAAUCCCACUCUGGUGCAAAACCCUGCACUUGGAACUCGAUGCCCCUUACGGAGGACCACAAACCGGAAGCGUACGCCGAAAAGAUGCGUAUCAUAAAUUGCGGUGGCAAAGUUGUAACCAAAUCGGGCGUUCCACGCGUUGUUUGGAAUCGACCGCGAAUAGGCCAUAAGGGCCCGGUGCGGAGAAGCACUCCCAUAGACGAGAUACCUUUUCUGGCAGUGGCACGAAGUUUAGGGGAUUUGUGGAGCUACAACUCAGCGAUGGAUGAGUUCGUUGUUAGCCCUAAUCCGGAUGUGUCCGUCAUUGAAAUUGACCCCAAAAGAUACAGGUGUUUAAUAUUCGGGACGGAUGGUCUAUGGAAUGUCUUAUCGCCAAAGCAUGCGGUUGAGAUUGUACACGCCGCUGAAAUGGAAAAUAUUCGAAUUGCUCUGGAAGGCGGAUGCGACUGGAAAAAUCCCAGCAAGUUAUUAGUUAACGAAGCCUUGGAACGUUGGAGCAAAAGUAACAUGAAGGCGGAUAAUACAUCGGUGGUAAUUAUUAUGUUGGACCCACCAGGACCACCAAAACGAGAUGUGCUUCGAACAAUGAGGACUUCGAUACAACACAUAGAUCACCAAUUGAGUAACACGCAAUCGCUGGAUAAGCUGAAUGUUACAUUGUAUGAUCAUACGACAAGAGAAUUAGUUGAUCUGUCUCAAGUGACCUGUCCAGGAGUCCAGCAAAACAAUCCGCAGCAUCAACAGUAUAUGGAUUCUGUACCAUCUACUUCCGCCUCCUAUCAAGAUAUGGAUUUCUCUGACAGUUUUGCAGAAUCCUACAACAGUUUUUUGAACACCAGCCUCAGCAAUGAUCAUUCCUAUACAAACUAUACGCCAUCAGCGCAACAUUAUUCAUUACACCAUCAUCAUAACCAUCUCUCUCAGCAUCAACACCAGCAUCAUGAUGCUGAGCGAAAUGAAGGCUUACAGUAUGCUGCAGCGGAUGACCACGAUCGUAAUCAGCAAGAUAAUGCUGAAGAAACUUACUCUUUAACGAAUUUGCAGACUAAAUCGGAACGUUUACAGUCGGAAAUGAUGGAAGCUUCUACCUCAACGGGGCCCGCCUCGUCUCGUUACACCCAUUCGGAAUGUACGGGAAAUGUGGCCAUCAUCGAAAACUUUCACGAUUAUCAGCUACCGCACCUGCCGCAUCAACCGUUCGGUAGCACGCACUAUCCCAUCCACUCGUUUCAGCAGAACCAUCAUCAUCACGAGCCUCCAACGUACCAGAUGGUGCGUUAUGAUUACCAUCAUCCACAUCAACCCGAGCCGGCUAAUUCUAAUUAUGGUGACCAGCAGUACACCGCACAUGAUCUAUCAGAGCACAACUAUCAGAAGGACCCGGUAGAAUUUUUGUAUCCGGAGGAAGAAGCAGGUCCAAGUACCAGUAGGGAAGUUCUUGAAUCCGGAGAACCCGUUGGUUGUGUAGUAGAAUCUACGAUGGAUACCACCAAAAAUUGUACCGAGCCGAAGAAUGACGGAAGAACGUCAAUUCCAUCUAAAGAUGAAGGCGAGGAUAUCCAGAUCAAUGAAAUAUCGUCUUCAAAUCUGUGUGCUCUUUCGCCAGCCCAAGACGCUUUCGUACAAUCCGACAGUGAUAGCUGUUUGAGCGGAGAUGAAACCAAAGCAUCCUCAUCCAGCGGUUUGAGUGGUAAACGAACGUCUGCUCUCGCUGGUACCACGAAAGGUAAGGUACGUAAAACCAUCAAAAAUAUAGUAAAAAUCGUAUAUGAGACGCGUAGCCAAAGACCGCACCGAACGCGGAGUCAGCAGGAAAACGUCUCCACCGUAUCGAGAAAUAGGACGGUACGCACUAAUUUUGAUAACAUUUUGCAUAAAGGUUCCAAGGUCAAAAAAAUUCUUAAUUUUAGAAAAAUAAAAAAUAGCGAUAAGUAUAGUUUAGUACAAGCUAGUAACAGUGUAGUUGGUAAUAUCGAUAAUAAUAAUACGUUCGUAGUUAAGAGUCAGACGUCAGCAAGCGAAGUUAAGAAACCUAUCGAAAGGCGCGUUUUGCGGUCGGCAGAUCAAGUAAAAGCCACCCCAGUUAUCGUUUGUCGACCAGAACAGUCGCCAUCCUCCCACAGAACUAGGCGUUCCGUGGAGGCCAUUGCUUUCAUAAGCUCCAGUAGCCAACAGUCGAAACGAACGAAUGCCCUAGUGACGGAACAUCAGUCCAUUCGUAAGUUACCAAAGCGAAAAAUGUUACUGCGAAAGGUAACCCUGAAUGCGAAACGGGCUAAACGUCAUUAAAAUUAUAAUUUCUUUGACAUUUUUUCGGAUAUUCGGAGGCUGUGAAGUCAUCUUUCAUGUGCUAGCUAAUAUUUUGUUAUUUUGCGUCAGAUGUAUUUCGCAGUGGUUCCCAAGCAGUCGUGUUUUAUCAUUUGUGUAAUUUUACUAGCUGCAAUGCCUUCAAAGUUUUGAUUGAAUGUAUAAUUUAAGUAUGUGAAGGUUUUUUUUCUUGUAUCAAAUUGUGAAUAUUAACACACGUUUUUGAGUGUUCUUAAAGUUGUAUUAUUCUAUAAAUUUAGUUCAUAUACAUUGUAAAUUUUAUAUUUUAUUUUCAAUUGAAAAGUGCGGUAACAAUAGUAUAUUUUUGUUCAUGAUAUUUUUAUGUUUUUACGUCUAACAUUUGAGGCAAUUCUACUAUAAACUUACUUCUAAUUCUGAUUAAAAUAAUGUCAUAAUUUUUGUCACCAUUAUUAAAGAACUAUCAAUGUUAACAUAAUAAAUGCAGGAAACUUAGUCCAUGCACAAGAGUUUAAAAUUCAUGCUUCUUUUAGUUUUAUAGAGAAACUCAAAAUUCAUUCCGGAUCAUUUUUGAUUGCUGAGAUAGAAAAGAAGGUCCGGUAAUUGCUCGAUUGUUCUGUCAAAUUGCGAAUGGAGAAUGGCACGCACUUUAGGAACGAAUUAGACAUGCAUUUAGUACGACAAGAAGAAAACUGAGCCACUAACUGCGUGAGAAUUCCAGGCGGUAACUUACAGCUAGGAGCCGUUUCGCUAUGAAUGAAUUAUUGGCAGUGGCUGAUUUUCGACCCGCCGCUAUCACAUCCAGGCGCUAUAUAGUAUAUGCGCAAUAUAGCCAGCAUGAGUUAACCGCCAGAAAUUUGUAUGGCGAAAGACAUCUAACGCGGGUUUUCUCAAUGUUAGGAACUUUUCAUGAAAAACUAUUUGGUACCUGUCAUGCAGGAAGGUGUCCGCUACUACGCCUACCAAAUAUUUUUUCGAUGAAGGUGCUUAAUUUUGAGAAUUCGAACCUUAGAUGCCUUUCGCCAUAUUGAAUUCAGAAAGUUAACUCCAAGUGUGCCGCUGUAAGUACGCUCAAAGCAGGCGAUGUAUUGAAGAUUUCUGAGGAUUUUGCUGAGUCCCUUUACUGCGGAAUAUGGCCAUUUCGUGGAAUGACCCGAAAUAAGGCAUAUAACUGAGUUCAUCAUUUAAAAUCGCGUAUUUGCCCGGUAUAAGAAAAAUAUUUGUUUGUGUCUUCUUAACAUUUACACGUUUCCCGGUAUAAGGCAAAAUACUGGGACCUGAAUUCUUAAAAUGCACGCAUUUAGGGGUCGUACUCUUAUUACGUAAGCAAUUUUUUCUGGGAUUUUCGACCUCCGCUCCCCCCCAUGUAAGAUUUUUUUCAUACAAAUAUUUUUUUUAUUUAUAUGGUGCGUAAGAAAACGACAGAACCCCCCUCCCCCCAUAAGUGUAUUGUUUCUUCUGCUUGCCAUUUUGUUCAUCAUUUGCUGAUCAAUACUGAAUCCGUCAGGAAUUCUCAGAGAUAUGGCCGUUCCUUUUUAUUUACCACAUUCAUCGCUUUCGCUCGCGGAAAACUGGAUAGCAGGUUCCAGGGGCUUCCGAGGGAGUGGUCGGUUUUGGAACCAUGCACAUAUAAGCAAUGGCCGAUGGGGCAAAUUUUCAAUCGGAAAAUGCUAAGUAUCAAAAAGUGUGUAUACAUACACACAUACAGACGGCAUCUGUAAUAGCAAGAUUUGACAGUUAGUCCAUAUAUUAGUACUGUCCAAUGAGCAGCUCGAAGUUGUUCCCGUCCUGCUCGUUCUUUUUUGUCAACAAACGGGCAUGAGCAGGACAGGGAGAAACUUCGAGCUACUUUAAGCUCUCAUUGGACAGCACUAUUUUCUGUCAAAUCAUGCCGUUCCAUUCUAUUGCGAUUGAGGCUUUAGGCUUUGGUCCGAUUCGUGAAUUAAAAUCAAAUUAAACUUAAAAGUGACAGUUUGGAAUUUAUGAAAUCCCCCGGUGAAUGGCUGAUGCUACCCAGCAAAACCAACAAAACAUCUAUCAAAAAUGAUUCAUCAUCUGUCAAAAGUAAUCUUGCUCUGCGAGCAGGGUUAUUUGAAAAUUAUUGAACUGUCAUUUCUAAGUUUAAUUUGAUUUUAAUUCGCGAAUCGAAUCAAAGCCUAGUAUCCAGUUUUCCGCGAGCAGUAAUGGCCGCCAGCUUGCCUGUGGGUUAGUCUCUGAUUUGACGUUUGUGGAGGUCAACACCCACCGUUCUGAGUUUUCUAACCAAUGUAGUAAAUAAGAAGGUGCUGAUGAAGUCGAUUCACGCCUUCUUAUUUACCACAUUGAUCAAAAUGCUCGGAACGGUGGGUGCAGUUGACCUCCACAAACGUCAAAUCAGAGGCUAACCCAUACACGCAAAACUAAAAAUAUGCUCUUUUCGGGAGAAGUAUCCAGUUUUCCGAGUUUUCCGCGAGCGGUAAUGGCCGCUAGCUAUGCCUGCGGGUCAGUAUCUGAUUUGACGUUUCUGGAGGUCAACUGCACCCACCAUUCGAACAUUUUGUUCAAUGUGGUAUAUAAGAAGGCUUGAAUUCACUGAAUCAACAUUGGUCAGAAUGCUCGGAGCGCCCCAUAGAAAAUUUACCCGACUAAAUCGGGUGCGAAUCGGCCGAUUGUUGCACCGUCGCUUGGAUAUUUAACACAGGCAUUGAUCGAUCAAUCACUAUACUUAGAGCACCUCCACGGGAGGCCUCAUCGCUAUUCUUAUAAUAGCGCUCCUUCCCGAGUGCUAUUUUAGGAUAGCGCCUCAUCUUCCCACCGGUGGUUUCUGUUUUAGGUAUAGCGACUUCGUAAACACAUCAAGUUCUCACCGGGCGUUGCUAAAAGUAGUCAUCAUUUUCUUCAAUGGCUCUAUAUUCCAACUGGAACUUGGCUAGCUGCUCAACUUAGUAUUCUAUUAGCAUUUCCUCAGUUAUUAAUUGAAAGCUUUCCUGUGCCCGCCAUUGCUUGAGUAUGUAUUUUGUUUAACAACUAUGCCCAAGGAGCCCACUCGAAAACAUCCUUGGCCAAAUCGAGAAUAGAGCUCGCCAUCUCCGGAGGGCAAUUCUACGCUUUUGCUCGUAAGGCUAACCGUAACAGUAAUUUUUUUCACCAUUAUUCCUUUUGGAUUUCCUCCAUCCUGGAAAUUUCCUUCGGGAAUUUAUACUUCCAGUCGAAGAAAGUCCUUCUGAAAUUUCCACCAGUUUUCCUACAGGAAUCUCUUUACAAAAUCCUGCAAGAAUUUUUCCAGAGUUUUUGAAGGAAAACAUUUGUAACAGCAUCCGGAGAAUUAUCUUGAAAAAAAACUAUGUUUUCAAACGAACCACAAAACAAUUACACCCAAUAUUUUUUUUACACGGUUGGUAUUCUUUAAUUUCCCGGUUAACCUAAUUUUUCGCAACUUUUUAAAUACCACCUGUAUUUUCUUUGAUUUUUGGAGAAUUUUUUUAUGGGGUUAACUCAUAGUUUCAUCAAUGAUAAAGGUCGUAAUUAACUAAAACCCACCCGUGUAAAAAAAGAACCGGGUGUAUAGGGCAAUUCCAAAACCAAAAAAAUCCCGAAAGAAUAUGUAAUAAAGCCUAAAACUAUUCUGGAAGAACUGCUAGUGGCUAAAGAUUCUUGAAAGAACACUAAGAUUGCUGGGGAGCUCCCGGAAAAAUCUUCUAGGGAUCCUAGAUGAAUUUCCAAUACAAUAAUUUUUAAACGAACUGCAGCAAAAAAAAACUUUCUGGAGAUUUCUGGAGGAGCUACUUCUACUCGAAGACAUACAGAAUAAUUACUAAAGGAAUUUUCUGAGGGAAUCCUGGAAGACCUCCUCGAAUUAACUUACAAUAUAAAACCAGUUGAAUUUUCAUUCGCGAAACAUCUAUGAAUAUUUCGGGCUCUAGCGGGCGCUGGUGCGAAACGCUUCUCAUUAUAGUUGAUUAAUUACUGUAAUUACGACGCGAAGUUAAACUGGGGCACUAGAUCCAAAAAAAUAAUAUUUUCCUUGCUAUUUAAUUUUCGUCGAAAUUGUUCUGAAAAAGAAAAACAAUUUUUCUGCAUUUUUGUAUCAGUACCAAAGUGACAUUUCACAAAAUAGCAAACCUGUAUGGAAAUUUAGCAACCCAGUAUGAUGCGCUAAAUUUGGAAACUUGGAAACUUGGAAACAUUCCCGUUUAGCUACCUCCGGUGUACAAGUGAGUCCCUAUAAAGGGCCCGGAAAUAGCGAUAGGGACCCAGAUGGGGACUCUCGUGGAGGUGCUCUUAGUCGGUAGUUCCGAUUUUUACCGAUCAAAUCGGUUGAUUCGUCGUUUGUUUAAAUUGGUGUGCACGAAAUUACACUAUUAAACAAGCUAUUUCGUCGGAAUGAUUAAUUGACCCACGCCUGUGUUAAAAUCUCAUAUAGCGUAGGUUGCAACGAUCGGCCGAUUGUACCCGACGAAAUCGGUCGAUUCCAGGUGUCAAAUUUUCUACGGGGCGGUGGGUACAGUUGACAGAGACUAACCCGCAGGCAAGCUGGCGGCCAUUAAAUCCUGCUCGCUGAAAACUGGAUGCUCUUUUGCGGGAGAAUGGAGCUACCCACAAAAGCAGUAAAAUUUGAUGCAUAAAAAGCACAAGUUUUACACAUUUUUAUUGUUUUUAUGCAUAAAAGUGAAUCAUUUGUGAAUAAAAGAAAGUCAUGAUUGUUACUAAUAUUUAUUCCUUUUUAUGUGUAGUCCCAUUCUCCCACGAAAGAGCGUACUUUGAAGUCAUAAUUGAUUACUUUAUAGUCAAAAGAGCAACGAAAGCAUAGAUCUAUAAAAAUAGCCAUCGGAAGGCUGAUAAAAUACGACAGAUUACAGUCUUCAUUGCUACUCGACGAAUCGUCUAUGACACGCAAGACAUUUGCAUUCAUCGUGCAAUCGAAUCAUCAUGACGACACCGAAGAAAUAAUAUACUUCAUACCUUUAUUUUUUGAGUGGCAGCUGCCAUGGAAAUAUUUUUAUUUAUUCUUUGUAAUAAUGAAUUUUAAGUAACGUAUUAUAAAUUACUAAUUAUUACAUACCGGUUAUAGGAGCCCUCCUUAGCCUAGCAGUAAGAUGCGCGACUAUAAAUCAAGAUCAUGCUGAGGGUGGCUGGGUUCGAUUCCCGGUGCCGGUCUAGGCAAUUUUCGGUUGGAAAAUUGUUUCUACUUCCCUGGGCAUAACAGUAUCAUCGUGUUAGCCUCAUGAUAUACGAAUGCAAAAAUGGUAACUUAGCUUAGGGAGCGUCCACAAAUUACGUAACGCUUUGAGGGGGGAGGGGGGUUGGCCAAAGUGUGACGAUCCAUACAAAAUUUUCAGACGUUUCAUACAAAAAGUGUGACAUAGGGGGAGGGGGUGUGUGAUAUUGUUGGUCGAAAAAAUUAAAUGUUCGCUGUUUGUGGAACAUAUUAUAUGCUUGAUUAACCCUUUCCCGCUCCCGCUCAAGGAUUUCAAUAGGAAGGAAUCAUCUUUUAAAAAAAUGCUAGAACGAAAGUUAUUUGGCAUAGCUUAAAUUAGUGAAAGACAAAAAAAGUUUUUGAUUGUAAAUCAAUAGUAGGGUGGCUCAAAAAACACUUUUUCAAAUUUUUUGAUGGGCCGCCCUCUUAUUCGUUUCUAUUUGAUGCCCUGAUGCUCAGGACAAAAUUUCAGCAAAAUCGGUCAACGUUUGGGCAGUGCUAAACUCGUUGGAAGUUUAUAUGGAAAAAUGUAUGCAGAAACAUCCAAAAACAGUGAUUUGCAAUUGGAAGGCACAAUUUACGAUCAAGAGCCAUGGUACUCAUUCAGUUCUUGUAAAAUAAAAUACAGAAUGUUAUGCUGAAAACCGCGAGAAGAUUAGAGUUUAUUACGCAAAGAUAUUAGCAUUUUACUGGAGUGUUGUAGGGGUGAAUUUAUUUCUUUUCAAAGGUAAAAGAAACGAAAUUUGCUCCAACCCCACUGCAGAGAAAUGCUAAUAACUUAGCUGGGCAAACUCGAAUCUUCUCGCGGUUUUCUGCAUAACAUUCUGUAUUAAAUUCUCCAAGAUCUGAAUGAGUAUCAUAGUUCUUCAUCGUAAGUUGUGUAGUUUAGCUGCAAUUUACUGUUUUUGGAUGUUUCUGCAUACAUUUUUCUAUAUAAACUUCUAACGAAUUUAGCACCGCCCAAACGUUGACCGAUUUGGCUGAAAUUUUGUCCAGAGCAUCAGGGCAUCAAAUAGAACCGAAUAAGACGGCGGCCCAUCAAAAAAAUUGAACAAAGUUUUUCCCAUACUAAUUUGAGCCACCCUAAUCAAUAGUUAAUUGAUUGUUUUCAAUAGUUCUAUUUGUUCUCAAAAUUGAUUAUAUUUGCAAUCUAAUGGAACUAUGUGCCAAAUAUUGCUUCUUGUUGUUGAAACAAUUCGAUGAAGGUUAGAUGGUGCAAAAUUUGAUGGUGCUCUACAGACACCAUGGGCGGGAGAGGGUUGAACUAGGGGUGGCGUCAAUGUUGGUCAAACUGUUUGGUCGUGUUUACGCUGCAUAAAACGCUGCCCAAAUGCUUAUUUCGAGUAAGACCUAUGCAUGAUUGACAUACGCCUAAAUAGUGUUGUGAUUUAAAUAUUGCCAACUGUUAAUUUUACCGACCUUUUCAUUUUAGCAUUUCUUCCCCUACAAGGCAUUUUGAAAUUCAGCCUCUGAUAUGAGUUAUUGACAAAGUACUAAACUGUCUGGAAUCGCAUAUUUGUCCCAUAUGAAUAGGAAACCCAGCAAAGAUGGGACAGAUAUGCGAUUCACGGGAGUAAAUAAUCGAAACCAUGCCAGUAACUAUUUUGUUCUAUUGAAUGUAUUUUUUUUUUCAAGAUUGGUAAGUCGUUUCAUGUAGAAUUGCUAUAAUUUUAUACAGAAUUUGUCAGGUACCGGAUUGGAAAAAAAAGAAACCGCUUAACACCGGUUGGGUGUUAAGUUCAAACUGCAUAGUAUUAGGAAAAGAGCAAAAAUGAUACGAACUGCUCUCCUCCUAAUACUAUGCAGUAUGGAUAAUCAUAUGAUCAAUAUUUUUAUAAAUUGGAAGCGCACGUUCGUUGGGAACCAUUGCUUUGUUGCUGAACCUUCUUUGUUGAAGUUCUCACUUCAACUACAUCCUCAAAUAGUAUUGUAGAGCUAGAUAAUAAAUGUUACUUUUGUACAUAAUUUCAUUCUGAUAUUACUGGUAUGACAUUAGUUCAAUGUUUUGUAAAUAUUUCGUCAUUGUAUUGCUAACUAAAUGUACUACUUAUAUGCAUCAGGUUCAAUUUCACGUUUUGGGUUUGUUAAAAUAAAAUAAAUUUGUAAUGUCGAAUUGGCCUACAACCAUUUCAUAAAAUUUCUUAACACAUUGUAUAUACUGAGACAUAAUAAAAGUGCCUGACAGAGGAAAACAAAACACCUGUAAUGACUAGGUCUCGUGUCAAUGAAAACGUUUAAAUAAUAUUACAAGAACACAUUACCAAAACUGCACUAUUGUCUGCCAUAGGGUAUCAGUCCCAUAUUCGCUGAAUGAUCCCGAAUUUGUAAUGGGACUGAUAUAUUAUCAUAGGCAGCCUAUCUCGUUGAAGAAAUAUUAUAUACCUAAUAUAUUUUAUGUUGUGAAAGUCGAGUUUAGUGUAGAUGGCGUAAGUAGACUAAAAGUAGAUUCGUGGAAUACUAUUCUAUGCUUAAUGGUGUGCGUGACAGUACUUGCGUUGGUAUGCAGGGCAUAAGAAAGUAUGUUUUUCAUUUUAUUCUUAAUGCGUUGUAAUUCAGAGUAUUUUGUACCAACAAAGUAACUAGAAUCGUGUAGGUUAUCUAGAGAUAAACAUUCAGAGAAAGUUAAAAAUGUGCAGAUAAUUUAAUAGUAUAUAGAGAAUAGAUAAAUUAGUGUAUAUUUUUGAAGGAAAUAAAAUGUAUCUAAAAAUAUGUUAA